UGACGAUCCGCCUCUCUUCUUAUCUGAGCCUACAAAUUCCCGCCUUCUGUCCCAGAGCACGUAUGGCUCCGCCCCCAGGCUGCCGCUGGCCCCUCCCCCUCUCGGAAUGAAGCACAUGGCGCGAACAGGCUGACGGGAAGGGACGGAGAGAGAGCGGCAGAGCGAGCGCUGGAGCGGAAGUGGUUUCUGUAGCGGAGAGAAUGGCCGCACCUGUCAGCAGAGUCUGGGGGGCCCCAGUGGCCCCGGGAGCUGUUUGGCUCCUCCUCGUGUCAUUACUGAGUCUCUCAGCGGCUUCUAAACUGAAUAUCCCCAAAGUGCUUCUCCCCUACACCCGCGCCGCCCGAAUUAACUUCACUCUGGGGGUCACUGAGGGCUGUUACACCUGGUCGUCGUCGAGGCCAGAAGUGGCCAGUAUAGAGCCAGUGGUAGUGGACGAGCGUCAGUGCUCACAGAAGGCAGUGGUACAAGCACGUGCAACACACCCCACUCGGCUCACCAGUAUCAUCUUUGCUGAGGACGUCUUUACGGGGCAGGUGCUUCGAUGUGAUGCGAUUGUCGAUUUAAUUCAUGACAUUCAGAUUGUCUCCACCACGAGGGAACUGUACCUGGAGGACUCCCCCCUGGAACUGAAGAUCCAAGCCCUCGACUCUGAAGGAAACACGUUCAGCACGUUAGCCGGAUUGACUUUUGACUGGGCGGUGGUUAAAGACUCUGACUCGGAUGGAUUCUCUGAUUCCCAUAAUACACUGCGAAUUCUCAAGUUUCUGGAGUCCACGUAUGUGCCGCCGGCCUACAUUACAGAGAUGGAGAAGGUGGCCAAACAGGGAGAUACCGUUCUGGUUUCCGGGCUGAAAACAGGAAGUUCCAAACUUAGAGCUAAAAUGCUGGAGCCUGUGUAUGAGAAAGUGACCCCGGCUCAGGUGCGGCUGCUGAUUUUGGAGAACAUCCUUCUCAAUCCGGCAUCGGAUAUUUACCUGCUGGUGGGAUCCUCCAUACACUACCGGGUGCAGAAGAUCAAACAGGGAAAGAUCACUGAUCUCGUGAUGCCCUCGGAUCAAUACGCCUUCCAGCUUCAGAACCAUGUGGUGGUACAGGGAGGAGUCCAACAUGAACCCGUCACUAGACUGGAGCAAAGAACUUCCACUGUCACUGCCCUACAGUUGGGCCACUCCAACAUUGUGCUGCUCCAUAAAAAUCUCCGCAUCCAGGGCGCUUCUCGCUUGCCAAAUGGUACCAUCUAUGUGGUGGAGCCAGGAUAUUUAGGAUUCACUGUUCAUCCUGGGGACAGGUGGGUGCUGGAGACGGGGAGACUCUAUGACAUCACCAUCGAUGUGUACGACAAAUCCAGCAACAAAGUCUAUUUAUCUGAUAACAUUCGCAUCGAAGCCAAGAUUCCCAAAGACUACUUUGAGGUUCUGGAGACGUCUCUGAAUGGCUCUUAUCACAAAGUGAAAGCCAUAAAAAGCGGCCAGACCAUUAUAGAUGCCGCCUUAACCUGCAUGGUGGACCAGGAUGGUGGGGUACAUGUUCUGCCGAAUCCCAUCAGGAACCAACAGGAAGUGGAAAUUUAUACUCCAAUCACUCUCUCCCCAAAAAUUCUCACCUUCCCAUGGCAGCCGAAACCCGGCGCCUAUCAGUACACCAUCCAGGUACAAGGGGGGAGCGGUAACUUUACUUGGUCGUCAUCCAACAACCCAGUGGCUACAGUGACCGUGAAGGGGUUAAUGACCACUGGCGAUGAUAUUGGUGUGAGUGUUAUCCGCGCCCGGGAUGUGCAGAAUCGCCUGCAUUUUGGAGAUAUGAAGGUGUAUGUGAUCGAGCCCCAUGGCAUGGAGUUUAUCCCGUCGGCGGUGGAGACACGAGUUGGAAACAGACUGGAGCUGCCCCUGCGGAUAUUCGGAAUCAUGAAUGCCGACGAUAAUGAAGUCGUUACCCUGAGCGAUUGCUCCAACUUUGAUUUGGCUGUUGAAAUGGAAACUCUGAAUAUAUUCAAGCUCCUGCCAGGACGACUCCCUCCCGGCAGGGAUUACUGCAGUGGAAUCACGGUACAAGCGGAAGCUCCAGGCUACACCACUGUAUAUGUCAGCUACACUCAUGGCCACGUUCAUCUCAAAUCCAAAAUCGUCAUAGCCGCUUAUCUGCCAUUGAGGACCAUCGACCCAUCUUCCCUUGCACUGGUCACGCUGGGAUCCUCUAAAGACAUGUUGUUUGAAGGGGGGCCCAAGCCGUGGGUGCUGGAGCCGGCCAAGUUCUUCAGGAAUCUUUCAUCAGACAAGGAGGAGAGCAGCAGCCUGGCUCUGGUGGAACCGGCCAUUUCCCGUGGUCACUUUCAGCACUGGGUCCGAGCCACGUGCCGAGACCUUGGGGAGCAGGUGAUUUCAGUAACUGUGGGAAACAAACCCACCGAGACCAAUCCCUUUCCUGCCGUGGAACCCAUCUCUGUGCGGCUGAUCUGCGCUCCCCCCUCCAGAUUUGCCUUGAUCCCUGUGUAUAAACACUCCCAUCUGGAUCUCGUGUGCCCCCUCAUGCAGCAGAACAAGCAAGUGAUCCCGGUUUCCAACUAUCGCGACCAGUUACUGGAGCUAGCAGCCUUCGACCACCAGGGGCGCAAGUUUGAUAAUUUUAGCUCCCUCGCUGUUACCUGGGAAUCCUCACGGUCGGCCUUGGCAAGUUUCGAUUUGGCGCAACCAAUGGAACUGGUUCAGAAGGAGGAUGGGAGUGGCCAGAGGAAAGUGCACGGGUUAAACACAGUUUAUGUUCACCAAGUAUCUGGGACGACGGUGAUUACUGCUAAGGCAGAGCAGUACCAGGAGACCCAUCUCCAGGCUGCUAAAGUGACAACACGGUAUGAAGCGUUUGCCCCGGUCUCUACGAGUCUUGACCUGCUGCUGGUGGAAGACGUGCAAGUGAAUCCCAGAGCCAUUUCUGUGUAUAAUCACCCGGACGUUAGAGCUGAAUUCACCAUCUCAGAAGGGUCCGGCUAUUUCUUCAUUAAUAAGAGCGCAGCACAUAUUGCCAGUACAAAGUUUGAGGAGUCCAGCGGAGUUGUAGUGGUGUCACCCCUGCACCCUGGGGCAUUAACUGUCACGGUUUAUGAUCUGUGUUUGACCUUCCCGGCUCCUGCGACUGUCGGCGUCCAUGUGUCGGACAUUUAUCAAGUGGAUGUCAGAGUUGUGGAUAAGGUAGAAAUUGGGAAAUCUGUAAAAGCCUAUGUUCGGGUUCUGGAUUCUUCCAAGAAGCCAUUUCUUGCUAAAUACUUGGAAUAUAUGGAUCUGGAAUUGGGCUCAUCAUCUCAAAUUGUCUCCAUAAAACCCCUGCGGCAGAAGGUGGAUGACUUCACGGUUGUAUUCUCCGUACACGGCAUUGCCAUUGGCCAGACCAGUCUCGUGGCUGCGACCACUGACCGAGCCGGGAGCAGGAUUGACUCAGUACCACGGGCCCUUGAGGUUUUCCCUCCAUUCCGCCUGUUGCCAAGGAAGAUCACGCUCAUUAUUGGUGCAACAAUGCAGAUCACUUCCGAGGGGGGGCCACAGCCUCAGUCUAACAUCUUAUUCUCCAUCACUGAUGAGACGAUUGCCUCCGUCAGCAGCAAUGGCUUUGUCAAAGGAGUGAUGAUCGGAAACGGGACGGUGACUGGGGUGGUUCAGGCUGUCGAUGCCGAAUCCGGGAAAGUUGUGAUUGUGUCUGAGGAUACAGUGGAAGUUGAAGUUGUCCAGCUGAGAGCGCUGCGGAUUCAUGCGCCAAUAACUAGGAUGAAGGUGGGGACACAGAUGCCGGUGUAUGUGAUGGGAAUAACGAGCAGCCAGACGCCAUUUUCAUUUGCUAAUGCUGUGCCGGGUUUAACCUUCCAUUGGGCUGUGAUGAAAAGAGAUUUCAUUGAUACUCGAAGCCGACACAGUGAGGCAUCCGUAGAGCUUCCAGUGCAGUAUAACUUUGCUAUGAAUGUCUAUGCCAAAAUGAAAGGCAAAACAGGGCUGAAAGUGACGGUGAGAGUAACGGAUCCUGCAGCGAAGCAGUUGUACAGCCUGGCGCAGGAACUGUCUGACGAGAUCCAGAUACAGGUGUAUGACAGGCUGCAUCUAGUCACUCCUACUAUUGACACUGAGCAAAUCCUAAUGUCUCCCAAUUCCUUCCUGAGGCUUCAGACCAACAGGGAUCGUUUCGCCUCUGUGAGUUACCGAAUACUAAAUGGACCCCAAGAAGCCCCCGUGGUGCACGUGGAUGAUAAAGGGCUGCUUACAGCUGGAUCCCAAACAGGGGUGUCUACCAUGGAAAUCAAUUCCCUGGAGCAUUUCGGAAUCAAUCAAACCAUUAUUGUUUCUGUGAAGGUGGCCCCUGUAUCCUACCUGCACAUUGUCACAAGUCCAACCCUCCGGACGGCAACUGGGAACCUGCUGCCUGCAAUACCCCUGGGCUUAACAUUGACAUUUUCUAUCCAAUUACAUGACAACACGGGUGAUCUCUUCCAUUCCCACAAUUCACUUCUCAGCUUUGCAACCAACAGGGACGAUUUUGUCCAUGUGGCCAAAGGAGCCAAUAAUAACACAUUCAUUGUGCGCACUGAGAACGUGGGGCUCACCAUAUUUAGUGUGUGGGACCCGGAGGCCCCUGGAAUCGUAGACUACGUGCCUCUCCCUGUGCAGUACAGCAUUGCCCCCAGUCUGAGCGAUGAUGCUGUGGUUGGAGACAUCAUUUGUUUUACUUGUCCUAUCACAGGCCCAGAAGGACUAAUCGGAGUUUGGAGCUCUUCAUCCAACUCUGUUCUCCAGAUUGAUCCUAAAUUUGGAGUUGCUGUGGCCAAGGAAGUUGGACUUGUCACCAUCUACUAUGAAAUCCCUGGACUGUUGAAGACUUAUAGAGAGGUGGCUGUGCGCAUGCCCCAGAUAAUGAGAGUGGUUUAUGCCAAUGGGGAGAAAAUUAAUCUGCAUGCCGCAAAUCCCCAUACGUUUCAUGUGGAAAUAGAUGAGAAAAGCCACAGUCUGACAGGUCAGUGUUCAGCCAAUCAGAUUGAAGCAAUCAAGGAGCUUCAUCCAGAGAAUGUUAUUAAUUGCCACUUAAAAUUUACUGACCACAAAGUGGAAGUUGCACCCUCGGAUAUAUUUGCUGUGGCUCCCAGUUUCAGUGUGGAGGCAGGCCAAUACAUGUGCUUAGUGGCCCAGCAGGAGCUGUCGGAGGGUCAGCUGAAGCAUCUCAGUAUGGGGGACACGUCUCUCACAGUCACUGCCUCAGUGCCAGGGAACCAACUGUACAAAGAGCAGACUGGGGCCCAAGUGCCAAUUUACCCCGGGAUUUUUAUUGAACAGAAGGAAAUCAUUCUAAGCACACAUUACACAUCAUCCGACCUCAAAAUCUACGGAGCCCCCGACAUGCUGAACAGCCUGGAUGUAAAAGUCGGAUCAGCGGCAGUGAGCCUGUAUCUGAAGGAUCGUUCCUAUGGCACCCCAAGCUUUUUGCUCUAUGAAGUCAGUAUAAGCGAUGGCAGAGUUUUAAGCCAGGGAUCCCUGUCUACUGCCCUGACUGUGUCCUGCCACCUCUCCCAUCAAACCCUCACAGUUCCGCUCAGUCUCGUCUCCGUUAAAGGACCGGCAAGUGUGUCUUCCACUGAGAGCGCCGGAUUCUUUCAACACUUUAUUGAGUCCUAUCAGAUGAUUUUCUUCACUCUCUUUGCACUGUUGGCCGGGGCAGCAAUAACCAUAAUCAUUAUGUCACCCAGAGAGACCAACGUUCCCCCUGCCGUGUUCCUAAAGACCUCUCCUAAGUCUGUGAAUAACAGCUUCCUUCCGCUCUCACCUGGAAUUUAUUCAAACCACAGCUCUCCAAACAGGAGGAACCAAUCCCAGGGGAGGAUAUUGUGGAGUCCAGACUAUGCUUCCAAUUAGAAAGCAGCCAAUCACCGACAGUCGUCUUCAUUGGCCACUGGCGCCUUUUAGCGAGUGUGUUGCUGAGAUUUUACGGCAUGUGCAGUGUGACUAUUUGUGUGCGCUACUUUUAUUUCGCUUCGACUGAAAGAAAUCUGAAAGUUUGGUUUUUCUCCUUGUUUUUGCUCCAAUAGGGACGUUACGCUGUGUGAGUUCUGACAGCAAGUUUGGAUUCUGUUGUUUGUGCUGGAGCUGCGCACACAAUGUUUUAUGGAGCCUGUAUGUUCCUCAGGGGAGGGACUUAAUGAAUCUGCAGCUCUGCCAUUUCUUUUCUUAAAGGGCAUUUUGUGAAGCCAAUAGAAUCCUCUGAGUUUCCUUUUUUUUUUUUUUUUACACUUAAGUUUUCCAGUAGGUGCCAUUGCGCCAGUCAGUGAAAUGCCCACCUACAUGACUCUUCUCCCUGUAACUUACAGGCUCCAUAUCUCACCCGUACGGAGUGUCUGCCCCGGGGCUGUGACUGUGAGUAGAACCCGUGUGGCCUCACAAGCUUCUUCCACUGUGACUCCGGUGCCUCCUAGUGCCAUUGUUUUUGAUUAUGUAGCAUUUAAUUGCAAGCUCUUGGUAACGAGAGACUUUUCAUUUCCUCAUGUCCCGCAAUAUGAUUUCAGUUUAACUCAGGAAAAUUCUGUUGCCUUAUAAUGUGACCCCGAGCCGCCUGGAAUAGGGGGAACCCAGAUUUUCUGGCUUUAUGCUUCCAUGUGGGCCCUGGGGGCAGGAAUCUGUGCUCUCAUUGGCUUAAAUUCUAUUAUAAUGUGUGUGGGGGGGGGGGUUCUCUGCUCAGGAAACCGCUAUUGAAUUUAUUUGUCCUUCUGUGCAGCUUUCAGAAACGCUUUGUUUUUUUCCCAGUUGUUCAGUUUUGUUAUCCGAUAGAAACCACUGAUUGCUUCCCUUGCCCCCCACCCCUGAUGGCUGUUGUCGUUCAUUUCCACGUGACAGUAAGUUUUACACAUUCCCAUAAGCCUCUGUGCAGGUGAGUGCUGCCAUACUGUGACACAUUCCAGCCCACUGGCACCGCCCCCUCACAGAACCAAUCAUAAUCCGUCCCUACACACCCCAACAACAAUGGAUACUGGAAAGGUCACUUCCCCUUGUUUCAAUGGCAGUGGGGAAAGGUGCAGAAUUGAGGGCCACAGCAUCCAGGGGGCCCCAUGAUUCUACUGCCACCAAAUCACUCACAAUUGCUGCCCCUAUGGCAAUCGCUUGAAAUGCACUUGAGCAAAUACUUGUGAUAGUGUUUGUGGUUUGGAGACAGAACCCAUUCUCAUUGCUGGAGCAGCACUUGAUAUGUUUUUAUUUUAUCCACUUGUUUCUUUGUGCAGCUGGGAGUGAAUAGUGUACUGGGCCCCUGUGGCUGGAGGGCCGGCUAUUGUGCUAGUGAGCGGGGCAGGUGGGCCACAGGCUGAGAGUCCCGCCCACUAGUGAUCACAAGUACCGCCCUUCAUAGCAUGGGGGAUGCCUUUAACUGUAAUAAUGUGAGAGUGUCGAAUGAGACAAAAUGUGACAUUUCACUGUAUCUUUAACUAAAUACCUCAAAUUCUGCUGUUCCGGUUCUGUCUGACCCCGUGGAUGUGGACGGUCCAGUCUCUGGGGUGUCCAUUUCUUUGUGCCUUACUGCCAGCCCAGCGUUUGUGUGUGUAUAUAAUAAAUAAUGUUCUGAGGAA